AGUAGCAGGCAGACAGAGGCAGAUAGCAGCAGAGAGACUGAUUAUUACAAACUUAGAAUAACAAAAGGAGGUCUGGAGGAAGAGGACGACUGGGAGAAGUCUGCAGGACCUGUGGAGACAGAGGACCAGAGAGGGUUUUGGAGGAGGUUUUUGAAAAGGUCUGGAGGCAGGAGGAGGUCCCGGCUUUCACAGAGGAGGCAGGACUUUCUGGCUGUGUGGUGCGCUCCGACACCAGAGGUCCGCUUUAAUAGCAGAGAAGGAGGAGGAGAGGCCGGUCGACUCUUUUACACCGCUCAGAGAGAGAGAGAGAGAGAGAGAGAGAGAGAGAGAGAGAGACUGAGACUGCAGUCCCGGACAGUCGAGCAUCGAGCAUCCAUAUGCCAAACGGAGCGCACAUUGAGAAGAGUCUACUGGAAAAACGUCCCCUACACUGACUUAUCGGCAGGCAGUGAGAAGCGUUUUGAAACUCUCCGGUUGUUAUAAAUCAGCUGUGUGUGUUUUUUUUUUUUUUCAUCAGAGCUUAAAUUAACUCGGACACUUUGGUUUGGACUCUUCUGACUGCCGGAGUGGGGAGAAAUCAUUUUCCAAAUCUCAAAACCUCCUCUCAGGAUCCCCAUACCUGCAGGAUUUGGGACUGCUUUUUUUUUUUUUAAUUAUUAUUAUUAUUUUUUUUUUUAUCUUUAAAUGUUUUCAUCCAUGGACUCCUGUUUUCCGCGCACGAUACGAGCAGCCCCGCUGUCUCCUGCCCGUCGGCGCGUCUUUUGUCAUUUUAAUGUCGCUGUAAUCACCGCGCGUCUGGCUGAUUGUCGCUAUGCAUUUCAGCGCAAUCUGACAAAUUGAGGAGUUUUUUUUUUUUUUCUUUUAUCUCCUGCCUGGAAUAAAGACGAGACGUCUGUGGGAGAAACGUGGAUUUUGUUUCACGUGUUUCCCUUUGGAUUGGUUUUUGUUAAUUUAAUUCCUCCGUUUUCACCAAACUCUUCAGCGAAGAGAAGAACCCCGAGGAUGUUGCUCCGCUGCUGGAACCCUCCCUCCUGGUCCACCUGUAGGUUUUUAUUCUGCUUUUUGUUGCUGCUCCAAACGCCCCGGCCCUCCUAUCCGCUAAUUACAGGUACCGAGGCCAGCUGUGAGAACGAAGGAGAAGUCCUCCACAUCCCCAACAUCACUGACAACCCCUGCAUCACCUGCGUAUGUCUGGAGGGGAAGGCAGACUGUAAACAGGAGAAAUGUCCACUGGUCUCUGAGGACUGUGCUCUGGUGGUGAAACAGACCGGAGCCUGCUGCGAGAGGUGUAAAGGUUGCAUAUUGGAUGGCCGAUCUUAUAACAGCUCAGUAUCCUGGACCAGCUCCACCAAACCCUGCAUAACCAGACGCUGUCAGGAAGGUGUCAUCACUGAGGCGGAUGUACAGUGUGUGGUCCACUGCAAGAACCCCAAAAUCCACCCCAAGAAGUGCUGCCCCACCUGCCCCAGUUGUAUCUUUGAGGGUCGUCUGUACAAAGAGAAGGAGGAGUUCAGUCCUGAGGGCAAACCCUGCAUCAAGUGCACCUGCACUGGAGGGCGGACUCUCUGCAUGAGGGAGGUGUGUCCUGUACUUUCCUGCCCCGCCCACCUCAGCCACACCCCGUCUGGACAGUGUUGUCCCAGAUGUCUCGGUCAGAGGAAGGUGUUUGAUCUGUAUUCAGGAAGCUGUUUGUUCCACAGCGAAGUGUACGAGAACGGCACGUCCUUCAUACACGACAACUGUACCACCUGCACCUGCAAGGAUUCCACGGUGGUGUGCAAGAAGCGGUGCUCUCGGCCAGGGAGUUGCCACGGCGACCAGUGCUGCGAGGAGUGUCUGUCCUACGUGAAGGUGGAGGAGGUGAAGUACUGCAGAGUCCGGAACAAGAUCUACAGGGAAGGAGACAUGUGGUCGUCAGUGAACUGCACUCUCUGUGCCUGUGUUAAAGGAAACAUCGAGUGUCGGCCCAAACAGUGUGUACCAAUCACCAGCUGCCCCUCGAACAAGAUCUUGAACAGGACCGGCUGCUGUCCAGUUUGCACUGAAAAGCCGGGUGUAUGUACAGUGUUUGGCGACCCUCACUACAACACCUUCGAUGGCAGGACCUUUAACUUUCAGGGAACCUGUCAGUACGUACUGACACGGGAUUGUGGCGGCGUUCCCUCUGGAGGACCGGGAAAUAACAUCAACAGCCCAGACUCCAGCUUCAUGGUGUUGGUGAGAAACGAUGCCCGGCGGACUCGUUCCUUCUCCUGGACUCAGUCUGUUGAGGUGAGACUGGGAGGUUUGAUCCUCGGCCUCCACCAGCACCUGACGGUCCGGAGGAACGGCACUCGCAUCGCCCUGCCCUACCACGGCCCCGGGGUGCACAUCGACCUGGACGGAUACCUGCUCAAACUCACCACCAUCGCAGGUCUGGAGAUCACGUGGGACGGGGACAGUUUUGUGGAGGUUGUGGCUGCCCCCCACCUGCGUGGACGCCUCUGUGGCCUCUGCGGCAACUACAACGGCCACAAGCGCGACGACACCAUGGGAGGCGACGGCCAGUUCAAGUUCGACGUGGACGAGUUUGCCGAGUCAUGGCGAGUCGAGGGAAACGAGCUAUGCUCCCAGCAGCACCCACCUCGCCGGCCAACCUCCUUCCUGUGCCCCGGCAGCGUCAAAGUCAAGUUCCGCGCCCACCGGGAGUGCCAGAAGAUAAAGUCGUGGGAGUUUCAGAAGUGCCACCGUGUGGUUGACUUCGCCCCUUUCUACAGGUCGUGUGUGACGGACAUGUGUGAGUGUCCGGUCCAUAAAAACUGCUACUGUGAGUCCUUCAUCGCCUACAGCCGAGCCUGCGAGAGGGAGGGAGCGCCCGUCCUCUGGAAGGCCGACACCGCUUGCAUGGCCACCCAGUGUAAACAUGGCGCUGUGUACGACACCUGCGGACCGGGCUGCACCAAAACCUGCGACAACUGGAACGAGAUCGGACCGUGCCACAAGCCCUGCGUGGCCGGCUGCCACUGCCCCGCCAACCUGGUGCUGUUCCAGGGACGCUGCAUCAAACCCACGGCCUGCCCCGGGCGGUGACCCAUGUGACCCAGGUGGGAGGGAAGGGUGGGGGGGGGGGGGUGGCUAGGUCAGAGACGGUCAUUUAUAAUAUCAGAAUUAAGGGGCCCAAAGAAGCCGGGAAGAGUUUGGGAGGACACAAAAGGGUCUAAAAAAAAAGUCGACAGAUCAGAUGCGACAAGGUACUCAGGGUCCAGAGCUAUCUGAUGUAGAGAUACAUGCUACGGCGAUGGGAGGAUGAGCCGCGCCACCACAUUCAGCCUCAGACUUCCUUGUGCCUCUUGUAAUAAACAUGUGCUUUCACGAUACCAGUCACCGCCACCGGAGGCGCUAAUUUCAAACUUGUGGAAGAAGAACUGAACUCCCGAGAAUAAACUCAGGGAGCCUAUUUUGGAGAUUUUACAGUCUCCACCCUCCUGAGAAACGUUUGCCCAUGCUGCCAUGGACCCUCGGGAAACUAUUUGGGCCAGUGGACUCCUGCUUGAGCCAACAUGGCGCCCAAAUAUCUCUCCCAAACACCCUGAAGUGGGAAACUGAGCAUCUGCGUUUGGAAUAAGAAGAUUCAAAGCAGAAAAACUCUCUGAUGCAUUGUGUCAAAACUGCCCUCGUGAUCUCGAUUCAAUCAUUUCAUACUGUAAGCUAGCCAGAUUUAUAUGAAAGACAGACAGCUUUUAUAUUAUUAUUGUUCUAAUUAUUAUAAUUAUUAUAAUUAUUAUUAUUUGUUGAUGUUAAUUUAUAUAUCGGUCAAAUGACAUGUCGUAGCAAGAGCCAGAAUCAUGGACAUAAUUGCGUUAUGAAUGAUUUAAAGGGAAACAAAAGCUAUUUAUGUAUUUGUUGUGUUACUGUUUGAAGAGAAAUGCCCAAAUGUGACUCAGUUGUUGCACCAUCGCAGGGAAAAAGUACUGUAUUGUAAUGUGCUCCGUGUACAGGUUGUUGUGGUUCGUAUCAAACUGAAGGUGUUCAUCUAAGCAUAUGUUUCACUUGACGAUAAUUAUUUAAGACCAGCAAUAUAAUCUUUUAUCGAAGUUCA